UCCUCAACUUCGCCUCCAAAUUCUGCUGCAUCUCUUUCCCCUUCGAUCUCUCCUCAAGCAACGUCUCCAUUCACGUCUCUGGUCUCUUCAACAUGCACAAAUCUGCAGCCAACCCUUUCAAGAAAACCCGCCGCUUCGCCGACUUCCACGCGGAGUGGUCCAACGCCCUCGAGAGCACCCUCCUCCCGCUCCUCCGGGAGUCUUUGUCCUCCUACUCUUCAUCCACCUUGACCCAGUUAUCUGCCGCCGUCCACGCCCUCCACUGCCACCUCCAGUCCUACUACUCCGCCCUCAACCUUGCCACGUCCUCCUCCUCCUCCAACCAGCUCCCUCAGCUGCUCUACCCUCCGUGGCGCAACUCCCUCGAGAGGCCCUUCCUCUUCCUCGGCGACCUCCACCCUUACAUCUUCACCACCCUCCUCCGCUCGCUCCUUGAAAAUGACGACGACGAUAGCGACGAUGAAAGCGCUGGUGUAGCUCUUGAAGAUAAUUGCAACCGGUUCUUGGGCAGGCCGUGGCAGGUAUUGACGGCGUGGAAGAACCCUAGCAUAUACACGAUAUCCCAGAUCGAGCAGAUCGAGUGCGGGGUCCGGUUGAUGGUGCCGGAACUGGGGGAACGGGCCAAGGCUGAGCGGGCCCGCUUCGUGGACCGAGUGGCUGAGCAGUGGAUGAGAGCGUCCAGCGAAAAGAAGAAGGAAACGACGGCGUCGUUAGGGAAGGCAGCGGCGGCGGCGAUACAGGGUUUGGCGGGCGUUUUCUUGGAUGCCAACAGGCUGAGGAAGAGCGUGCUCGCGGAUAUAAUGAGCGCAACCACUGUGUACCAGGCGGGUCUGUUUCUUGAAGCUUUGGCCCAAUUUCUUGUUGGGUUGAGAGACCGCGAAUUGUUGGAGAAGUUCCAGCAUUGCCCGGUGGAGAUACGUUGAUGAGGAUUUUCAUGAUUUGGGGUUUAUUUAAAUCUUGAUUUUCUUUUGGAGAAUUCGGAGCGGGACUAUUUUCUUUCUGUAUGGGGACUUCGUCAUUGCGAAAUGAUGGGAAUGAGAAUGUGAGAGGGAAGAGAAGGCUAACUAUGAUGCCAUGAUCGAGUGUUCGUUGCAGCAGACACUUUGAACCUUUUUGACGGAGGCCUUAAAUUGCCAGUUAAUUUGGUGCGAGCUUGCAAUUUCCCCCUGAAUCAACUUGAAAUUCGUAGUGACUUGUGUU